UCGAGAUUCCUUUAUAAAAAGCUCGCGAGUGUUUAGUGGCCGUAAAAAGUACUUUGAACUUACAUUGUGUCCCUUUUAUAUUCAAAUAAAAUCUUAUUAUUUGAAUCAGAAAAAUUAUUAAAGAUUUAUCCACAAAAAAAGAUGUUGAAAUCUUAACCAUGAAGUGUUUUAUUGGAAGAAUGCAGUUCGGUAAAAUAACGUGGUUAUGGGUAUUACACAUAAUCUACCAGAUCAAUCUUUGUAACACAAUGUCAACGUCCGGCUGCAGUUUCAACUCCAUGUGUCUUUGUUCUUCGGAUCAACAUGAUCUCAACGGACGAUUCAUCACAGAUGUUAGCUGUAUAUCCAUCCCGCUUUAUAAAUUUCCUAAUUUACCUGAAGGGAACAUCAAACAAUUGGAGAUAAUGGGUUCUCGAAUACCAGCUCUAGAAUCUGAAAGUUUGGCCGGAUGCCAAGUACAAAGUCUUUCCUUACCGAAUAACCACUUGCAACACGUAGCCGAUCGAACCUUCAGUUCCACGUCGAAAAGUCUCAAGUCUUUGGAUCUCAGCUAUAACGAGUUAGACGUCGUUCCGUUUCAAGCUUUUAGAGAACUUAAAAACUUGCAGUGGAUAAACUUACACGGAAAUCAAAUACAAGAAAUAAACGGAGAUUGGUCUCAUUUAAAAAACACAACUAUUAAUUUAUUUUUGGGUGAAAACGAUAUUAAAGAAAUUCCAAGCGAAAAACUACAUCAAUUCAAAUCAUUAAUAUGGCUAAAUUUAGAUGGAAAUCGAAUUUCAAAGAUUAAAAUUCAUUCUUUACCGAAUACUUUACAAACGUUGAGUUUAUCGAAUAAUUUAAUCGAAGAAUUUCCGCAAGAUACAAUUUCAUCUUUAAUUCAACUGCAAUGGUUAUAUUUACGUGGAAAUCAUAUAAAAACAAUUCCAGAAACGUCAUCAAUUAAAAAGCUAUGGUUGGAGAAAAUCGAUUUACGGGAAAAUUUAUUAACAAAAAUACCAAAAAAGCCUUUUAACAACACCAUUUUCGUGCGAGAUUUAAAUUUAUCGUUUAAUACAAUUAAAACGUUAAUAAACGAAAGUUUCUAUGGAUUAAAUUGUGGACGUAUUAUUAUAUCUUACAAUGAAAUUGAAAAAAUUGAAAAGUAUGCUUUUAAAGGGGUUGAAAACACGUUAGAGUUUUUAGAUUUUGAUCACAAUAAUUUAAUUGAUUUUCCUGAAGAAGCAUUAAAACGAUUAAACGCGUUGAAGUAUUUAUACGUUUCUUCCAAUUUUUUAAAAGAAAUUAAAAAAGAUGCGCUAAAAGGGUUUUGUAGUAAUGUAAAGGCGUUAAGUUUUAGUGGAAAUCAAUUCGAAAUAAUUCCAAGUAACGCCCUUAAAGAUUGUGUUAAAAUAACACAUUUUAAUAUGGCUUAUAAUAGAAUCGAAGUGUUAAAACAAAACGAUUUUAUUAAUUGGGGCGAAAAUAUUAAAAAUUUAAUUUUAACAAAUAAUCAAAUUCACGUUUUAAAAAAAGAUGUUUUUAUUGGAUUAAAAGAUCUUAAAGAACUUAGUCUUAGUUUUAACCCAAUAAAGUAUAUCGAUGAGAACGCAUUUAAUGGGUUAAGCAAUUUGGAAAAUUUAGAACUUUCGUUUUCUUUGGAGUCGAUAAAGAUUUUUGGGGGUAUGUUUAAACCAAUUUUUAAUUUAAAAUUUUUAUCGAUUGAUAAUAAUAAUUUAGAAAAUUUAGAUGAAAAUUUAUUCGAUUUUUUGCCAAAUUUAAGGUAUAUUAAUUGCGAAUUUAAUCGAUUGAAACUAAUUCACCCUAAUUUAUUUAAAAAGGGUCUUCAUACCAAAUUAAAAGAAAUACGCUUCUCUAACAAUGAAAUUGAAAUUGUAUUUAACAAAACUUUCGAGGAUCUCCCAAAUUUAGAAAAAAUCAUUUUGAGUUUUAACAAAAUCAAGGAAAUUCAAAACGAGGCGUUUUCCGAUUUAACUAAUUUAAAAAGUGUCAUUUUAAUGUUAAUUAAUUUAAAUUUGAAAAACGUGAUAAAACAUCUUCAUCGUUAUAGUUUUUUUGGUUUAAAUAAUUUGCAAAUUCUUGAUUUGUCUAAAAAUUUUAUAUCAACAAUUCAUUUAAACCAAUUUUUAUUUACCCCGAAAUUAAGGGUUUUAAAUUUAAGCUCAAAUAAUCUUAGUUACCUCCCAAGGGAUGUUUUUAUUAAAACUUUGUUAGAAAAAUUAGAUUUGAGCCAAAAUUUCUUUUCUGUCAUCCCUAAUUUAAUUGAAAUAGCCCCAACAUUAAGAGAUUUUUCAAUAAAAUCAAACGAAAUCGAACACAUUUCAAGCACAACAUUUUCAGAUCUUAUUCAUUUAAAUUCUUUAGAUUUAAGCGAUAAUAAAUUUAAUAUUCUCCCCGAUAACGUUUUUACAGGAUUAGGUUUAUUACAAAAAUUAGUCUUAGAAUUAACCUCAAUUCGUGCUAACUUCAAAGAGUUAUUUCAUUACGCCCAAAAUUUAAAAGAAUUAAUUUUAUCCAAAUCAAACGUAAUAAUCACUCCAACCUUACCUUUACCAAAUCUAAUUUAUCUAAAUUUAUCUUUUAACUUAAUUAAUCAUUUGGGAACAAACACUUUUCGGGAUUUAUUUAAAUUAUUAACUUUAGAUUUAAGCAAUAACUUAAUAACUCAUAUUCAAUUAAAAAUUUGGUCCCACUUACCACAAUUAAAAAAAUUAAAUUUAUCAAAUAACCCCAUUAAACAAAUCAAUUCGGAUUCAUUUCAUCAAUUAAAAAAUCUCCAAUCACUUGACAUACAAGGGUUAAAUAAAUUGGAGAAAUUUGAUGGAAAAUCAAUUGAAAAAUUAGAAAUAUUACACACUUUAUCGAUUGAAACUUCGUUAAAAAUCGACAACUUCAAAAAGCAACUUUGUAAAAUAUUAAGCAAAUUAAGGUCUUUGCGUAUUUUGAAAUUAAAAAUUCGAGAAAAUGUUUUAAAUGAUCAGUUACGUUGUAUUUCUAACACGAAAAUACGUGAAUUAGAAAUAUCGGGGGAAAAUUUAAAAAUGAUUCAUCAACGUGCUUUUGAAAAAUUCACCCGAAAUAACGAAUUGGUUUUAAAAAUUUCUAAUACAAGUGUUGAAGAUCUUCCCCCUGGGUUGUUUUCGAAUAUGUAUAAGAUUCCGUAUCUUAGUAUAGAUCUUCGAGGGAAUAUGUUGACGUUUUUAAAUACGGAUAUAUUUUAUGGAAAUUCGACAACGUGGAAAAAUGUUGGAACAACUUUAGUAUCAGGUGGAUUACAAAUAUCAUAUAACCCAUUUAAAUGUGGUUGUCAUUUGGCUUGGUUAAGUUAUUGGUUACGAAGAUGGAUGAGAGAAAGUUUAUUAUCUCAUAAUGCACCAAUGGAAAAUGCCCUAAUAAUGAACGAAGCUUUAAUGGAAACUACUUGCAUGGAUGAGAAUAGUGGAAAAGAAAUUCCAAUCGUCCAAAUAUUACCAGAGGACAGCAGUUGUCAUGCAAGUGCUUUGAGUGUUGCUACAAAAAAUUUUAAAAAAGUAUCUGUGAUCUCUAUAAUUUUAUAUUUAACAAUUCUCACUGACUAA